AUGCAGACUGCUUCUACAAACAUUUGUGAAAGAAUGGGUCGCUCUCAGGAGCUCAGUGAAUUCAAGCAUUGUACCAUGAUAUGUUGCCACCUGUGCAAUAAGUCCAUCCAUGAAAUGUCCUUGCUACUAAUUAUGCCACGGUCAACUGUUUAGUGGUAUUAUAACUAAGUGGAAGCUACUGGGAACAACAGCAACUCAGCCACAAAGUGGUAGGCCAUGUAAAAUGACAGUGCGCAGAAGUUGCCAACUGUCCGCAGAAUCAAUAGCUAAAGACCUCCAAACUUUUUUCCAUUGAAGGGAACUUUUAAGGCGUUAGCAUACUAAGACAUUUUGGACAAUUUCAUG